AUAAUGCCCGGACCACUUCUCCCUGCUCAUCAUCCUUCGAAUUCACCCGCCCAAAAAAAACAAAAGAACACUCUUCGUUUUCAUUUCUCUCGGUUAUCUUUUUCUUGUUAUCGUCGCCGGCGGUUUUUCGCCGGAGAAGCGAAGCGGUUUACCGGAGGGAAUGAUGGAGUUAGCGGCCAGUGAUGAUGUUCGCGUGAAUUUCAAAGGCAAUAACGUUACGUCCUCGUCCCGUCGCGUAUUUCGGGAACUUUAACCGUAUCUGAUAAAAGGAAAAACCCUUAAGCAAAAGGGACUUUACUUAGCAGAGUUUUGAAGUUAUUCCAUACUUUUGUCUGGCAAAUUAAUAGUAUAUAAUAAUCAAGCUUAAGAGUCUCGAGUCUUGGUAAACCGCAUUGAUUUUUGGCCCUUCCAAAAGAAAAAUUAUAUAUUAUUGUGAAUUUCUGUGUCGAUUGCGUUUGCUGAUCUCAUUACGAAGCGAUAUGUUUUCCAGUUAUCAAAGCGAAGAAUCAGCGUUAGUUUGAAAAGAAGCUACCGUGGUUAAGGGUGGAAGCGAUUUUUUUUUUUUUUUGGCUUUUUAUUUUGGAAAAGCUGAGAAAUAUGCCUUUCCCAAUGAAGAUCCAACCGAUCGAUUUCAACACGGAGGAGGUGGCGCCUCCGCUGUUGGAAACAGUGAAGCCUGUGAUGAAAUCGCGGUUCAAGCGGCUGUUUGAGCGGCAGUUCCCUAGCGUUUUGAGGAAUUCCGCGGCGGAUAAGGUCGCUGCUCCUGCUGCCGUGGCCGCCGCCGAUGAGCUGCCUUUUAACAAGGAAUGCACCGGGGAGUUCGAACCGAGCUCCGUUUGCUUGGCGAAGAUGGUCCAGAAUUUCAUCGAAGAGAACAACGAGAAGCAACAAUCCGGUGCGGUCAGGUGUAGCCGGAACCGCUGCAACUGCUUCAAUCGUAACUGCAACGAAGUCUCGGAAGACGAAAUGGAUGGUUUCAGCUUCGGUGACUCCAAUCUCACUUCUUCUGGGGAAUCACAUGAAAUUCUAAAGCAGAGUUUGGUUUCUUGUGCUAGUGUGAAUGAAAGGAAUUUGUUGGCGGAUACAGCAAAGAUUGUGGAGAAUAACAAGAUCUGUAAACGCAAAGAUGAUUUUUGCAGGAAAAUUGUUACUGAUGGAUUAUUAGCCCUUGGAUAUGAUGCUUCCAUCUGCAAAUCUCAUUGGGAAAAAUCCCCCUCUUAUCCCGCUGGGGAAUAUGAAUAUAUAGAUGUGAUAAUUGAAGGGGAACGAUUGUUGAUCGACAUUGAUUUCAGAUCAGAAUUCGAAAUCGCCCGAUCAACAAAAACUUACAAAUCAAUCCUCCAAAUGCUUCCCUUCAUCUUUGUAGGCAAAACCGAUCGUCUUCAGAAGAUAAUUGCUAUUGUUUCCGAUGCUGUAAAGCAAAGCCUAAAGAAGAAGGGAAUGCACGUUCCUCCAUGGCGAAAAGCUGAGUAUGUCAAGUCCAAAUGGCUCUCUCCUCAUAACCGAACCACGCCUUCUCCUUCGCCCACUGUUACAUCCACAUCCACAAUUGAAACACCCAAAGAAGUUGAAUUAGAAACCAAAGCUAAAGAGAAAACCCAACCUGAAUUGAACCCCGAAAUGAAAAACUCAGUUGAAGAUUCUGAGUUGGGGGAAUCCAUAUUUGCUUUCUCUGAUAGCUCUGAAGAAGGGAAGGAAGAGGAGAAAGAAGCAUGGAAGCUACCUGAGAUAAAACCCAAGAAUUCACUAAUUGGGGUUAAGCUCGUGACUGGUUUGGCUUCAGUAAUAGAAGAUGAACCAAAAAAAUUUUGACUUUUUUUAAUUUUCCCUUCUUUUUUUUUUGCACCCUUUUGGGUUAUUAGAGAAUCAAAUACUAUGGUACAUGACUUACCUGUUUGAAUCCCCUUCUGUUUUUUUUUAUGUAAGGGUUGAUCUGAUAAUAUGAAAUAAAAUUUUUAUAAAAA